AUAUUUACUGAAAAAAAUGUUGACGUGUUCAAUAUUUAUGUCCCCCACUGUACAGAGUGCUUGGGGCCAAAUCUGUGUGUGACUUGUUUAACAAGUCUGACGAAACACAUCAGAACGCAAUAUCACAGAAAGCAUGUUGGAUGCUUUGGAACAGCAGAUGAAACACCGCAGUAGUCCACUGACUGGAGCUGAAAUGCACCAGUCACUGAAUGAGUAGGCUAAAACUGUCAAGACCUAUCUUAAGACGGUAGUGACAUCACUUUAAUCGGACCAAACGGGUGCCAUAAAGGAACGCGUAACCAAGUAUUAGGGGUAAAAAUCAUUAACAGAGCUAAAUUUAUUAAUUGAUCUUCAUCCUGGUGAGGGUCGGAGUAGAUCUGAAGCCUGUCCUGAAAUGCGACGCGAGUCCAAUGCAGGGAAUCACACACACACUAAUUUACAAUAGGGACCAUUUAAGAAACCAAGCAACCCACUGACAUGUUUUUUGGGAGGUGUCAGGAACCCGGGGAACCCAUAUGGACACAAAGAGAACAUGCCCAACUCAACUCAGACAGUAAACUCAGCAUCGAUCCACACACCCUGCAGCUCUGAGACAUAAACAGAAGCACCACAGAAGCACCUCUAAAAAGCCCUCAAGCCAAAAUUAAUAGAUAAAAUGAAUAAAACAUGCAAUGAGUGAUAUUUCUGCUUAAAAACAUGGAUACGCUGUAACUGUUUAAAGUUUUCUUGAAUUGCGUAAAUCUUUCUGGAAAUACACUGGAUAGAAGCGUUCGCUGAGGAGAAUAACCUUCUUGGAGACACUUGUAGAGGAUCUUGAUCGACUCCUCCAUACAGAACUCCUUUAUAAUCUUAGAUUUGUGCAUGUGGAUGCCUUUUGUGUCUCUCAACCACUAUCUUGUUAAAAGAGCCAUCAACAGAUCACACUUAACCUCCUGGCAGAGGCAUCCAGCUAUUAGGUGAAAAUAUCGUGAUCUUCUAGCGGAAUUCAUGGCAUUCAUCUUUUCAGAUGCGCCAAUACAAUCCCAAAUCGUGUGUUUGAGGACUUUUUCUCAUUUUCAGGCCUCUGUUUUCUUGGCAAGCAUGCAGACGGUAUGCGUUAUAUACAGUAUACUAUAUAAAACACUGAAGUAAGUACUGAAUGUAAGUACUAAAACUAAAGUACGAUUUUUAUGGUGUUUUUUUUUUUUUUUUUUAGUUGUGUAGACACCACCCAGCUAAAUGAGAGCGCUGUAGAGUUGUGAACAGUUUGAUCGAACGUUGACCAUACACUGACUUGUCAUGUCCGUGGGUGAUCAUUAAAGCAGCCUUCUGACCCUAACCAGUCUUCUUUCGGAAGUGCUUUAAUGACAAAACCCCUUAAUUGCAGUUCAUGCUGAUGGACUACAAAGCAAAUAACUCUUAGAGGCUAUAAAUGAUUAGACUGUACCUAACUUUGAGUAUUCCAUAAUCUCACUUCCUAUAGAGUAUUCCUAGUUUCUGUUAUUAAAUAUAAAGCAUUUAUUGGUAUUUUUAUUGAUAGCAACACACUGGUAAAACAUGGUCUAAUAAUAAAUCUAAUAGUCUGCAAUUCUUAAUAAGCAAAUAUCCUUAAGAUGUUCACCUUAGACUUAAGUCGUAUGCUGUGACGUCAUGAUAAACUAGGGGGCGUCGUUUACUUGUGACAUGGAUUCUCCAUUUGUGUCAACAAAUGAAAUGUCUCCACCCCUGUUCCGUCAUUGAUUUGUUACCUGAUUGUGUUCACCUGUUCUUUAAUUAGUCCUUGAUUAGUAUGUUAUGUGAACCCUGUUGUGUCAAAGGCUGCGUCCGAAUAUCCCUGCUACCAUACUGUAUAGUAGGCGAAAAGCAGUACGUCAAAGGAGUAGUAUGUCCAAGUUCUCAGUAUUUACAAAACAGUAGGCGAAAAAUACCCGGAUGACCUCCUGCUUCCGCUGAGAUUCUGCAGUAUGGACGCAAUGCACACUGCGCAAUCUCAUAAGGCAACGGGACUGGCGUGGAAGAGCUGUGAAAAAUGAAUCAAAAAAGGUGGAAGGGAGCGUGUUGGCUCUUUUUAAGUUGUAGAUCACAUGACAAUGCCAACAUGGCGGAUGUAUUAUGCCCGGAUUGUAUUCACAUUAUACACAUCAGUACGUAGCGUCCGUAUCAGCGGCCGGGCUGUAGGUACCGAAUCGAAUGCAGUAGGUACUGUCACAGUAUGCCAUUUCAGACACAGCCAAACUCUUACUGAAGAUCUUUCUUUGUACUUCCUGUGACCUUUGCUAUGGACUCUGAUUUUGAUUUGCCCCAAAUAAAACUACUCACGUGUUUACGCACUUGUGUCCUACCACACGCUCUCCUCACAGCAUGUUCCAAUUUGGUUAAUAAGCUGUCAAAGUGCAUCAUUCUGCUUGUUUAUUCUGCACUAGCUAAUAAGAGAGCAGUAUAUAAGGCCUAAUAAAUGUUUGGUUUUAGAGCACAGAUAGUGGUGAGAGGAAAACUGGAUGAAACUUAUCAACCGUAAGGUUUUCAAAUCCUGUUUCUAUUAGAGUGAAGUACUGAUGAAAAUGUCUUUGAUGUAUUUGUCUUAAAGCUUGAUUCAUUGCGAAACUGCUCCACAUAUGGCUGUAAAUUUGUAGAGAACAGUGUUCACACUGAUGUUAGGCUGGGUUCCCUCACAACCCUGUGUAGGAUAAGCAGUAUGGAAAAUGGAUGGAUGGAUGGAUGGAAAUGUUAUUUGUCUAUCUUCUUCCGGCAAGUAAGUACUUUACCACAGAGCGUUUUUCUGAUUAUGUCAUGGAUUUCAGCAGCUCUUAACACAGAAGGAGGUUGACCAAAAAAGGCGUCACAGCAGGAAUUAUAGUGUGCUGGAAUUGCCCUUUUUAAAUAUCAAGUUUAUUUAAAAAAAAAAAAAAUUAAUAAACACUUUUCUGGCAAACUGACCACCAAAAAUCACAUGCCACAAUACGUGUUUCCAUCGUAGACCACGGCUCAGGUUUACCUUUACUGGAAGGACAUGGUUUUGCUUCCUAAUUGUUUUUUUAAUCAAGAAACAAGUCACUUUAGAGGUUGUUAGUGAUGUGUUAAAUUAAUUCCCCAAACUAAAAUGUCACCAUGCUCACUGUUUGGUUAAUGACGCAUUUUUGCUGUACAAAAGACUCAAAGAAUGGUGAACUUUGCCCCAAUAAAACUAAUAACGGUAAUUUAAAAAAAAAGAAGUUUUCGCAUGCUUUCAAGCCGAGCAGUUUAUCAUUUUAAUCCUUACGUCACAUAUUUUACCAAAUAGUUUGUUUAUUUCCAUUUAGAAAUCAUUAAUGUUAGUGAUGCAUUGUUAAAAUACAUAUUAAGUUAUAUUUUGUUGUAAUUACAUUCGCAGUAGCCUUUUUUUUUUUUUUUCCUGGCAUCUUCUUCCAUUUUCUCCAGGACUUAUAUGUUUACACUGGUUUCUCUUCUGCGUAUUCAAAACAUUUCACUUUACUGACCUCACUGACCACUUCACACAUCUUCCGCAUGUAGUGAUGUGGACUUUUCACGUGUUGUACACGUAUUUAUUUGUAUGUGAUAUUUUUUUGCACCUAGGGGAGCACGGUGGUUAGUGGUUAGCAUAUUCGCCUCACACCUCCAGGUUCGGGGAGUCAAUCCCCACCGUGGCCCUGUGUGUGUGGAGUUUGCAUGUUCUCCCCGUGCUGCGGGGGUUUCCUCCGGGUACUCCGGUUUCCUCCCCCAGUCCAAACACAUGCAUGGUAGGCUGACUGGCGUGUCUAAAGUGUCCGUAGUGUAUGAAUGGGUGUGUGAGUGUGUGUGUGUGAGUGUGUCCUGCGAUAGAUCGGCACCCCAUCCAGGGUGUACCCCACCUUGUGCCCCAUGCUCCCUGGGACAGGCUCCAGGAUCCUGGUGACCCAGUAAGGAUAAGUGGUAUAGAAAAUGAAUGGAUGAAUAGAUCUUUUUGCACCUGAUUAUUUUAUCAUGUAGCAUAUAUGAUUGUAUUUUCACACGUGAAGGGCGUGUGAGUUUAUUUUUCAGAUGUGAUUUUCCUCACGAGUAAUUUUUUUCACGCGAUCACGUGCAGUAUCGGAAUGUAACUAUGUACAUUUCGUACAUUUACCCAAGUACUAUAGUGUACUUAAUUACACAUUUGAGGUACUUCUACGUUGCGUGACUAUUUCCAUUUUAUGCAACUUUAUACUUCUACUCCACUAUACAGUAUCACAGAGGCACGUGUACUUUAUACUCCACUACAUUUGCCUGAGGGCUUUAGUUACUUUUCAGAUUACAAUUUUUAUCCACCUCUAAAUGUGGUGAUUGUGAAUGAUUGUGAUAAACUGAAGCAUGAAGUGUUCCUUUAUGGUUUGAGAAAACUGUCCUACUUCUUGAUCGAAAUAAACUAAUUAAAGGCCUCUUGGAUUAGCUGGAAAAUGCAUUGUCACAAAGCUGAAUUUUUAGAGAUAUGUAGUUCUCACAGGACAGCGGCGCUACAAACAUUCGGAAUAGAAUAGAAUCAUAUAGAAUAGGAUGCAUUGCUGCAGAUUAAACUAAAAAAGUAUAUAAAGUAGUUCAAAUGAGCUCAACCGUAAACAUCUACAGCAGUAAAAUGCGACAUAAGAAUUAAAUGCACAAGUUAUACGAAUCCAAAAACAUCGCAUAUAUAAUAGUAAAACAGUUACAAGGACCAUUCUACUGCACAGUGAGUGUGUUUACUUUUGAUACUUUUAAAUACAUUUUGCGGAUAAUACUUGGAUUCUUUUACUUAAGUAAGUUUUUAAACGCAGGACUUUUACUUGUAGUGGAGUAUUUUUUAUAGUGUGGUGUUAGUACUUUUACUUAAGUAAAGGAUCUGAUUGCUUCUUCCACCACUGAUCACAUGUUUACUUGAGUUCACUUUCAGGCCAUAACAUGUAUGUAAUGCACCGUCACAUGUUUUUCUUCUACUUUAUAUAUUACUCACAUAAACACAUGCGAAAAACUUAUGACGGAGUAAAAUGUCGACGUUCUAACGUGUAGAACUCAAGUCAGCUUUAGCGCUAUGGCUCAUUUAAAAGGACAGCAAGUGACAAUCAAAAGGGCUGCACAGUCAAAUCCAUUCAGUAUCAGAUUAAGACAAUAAAAAUAAAAAUUAAGAAAUCAAAUAGUUUAAAUAAAAGGAUAAAGAGGCAGCAAAGACAAAGAAUGCCAUUAACAAGACAAAAACAAACAGAUUGCCAGACAGAUAGAUAAACAGACAGAUAGAUAGACAGACAGACAGACAGACAGACGAUAGAUAGAUAGAUAGAUAGAUCAAAACUCUUAAAGAACUACCUAAGAUUGUUUACAAUGCAGUGUCGACUUGUGAUUAAGCCGUGAGAUGAGAAGGAAGAGAAGUUAAACUCCAGUAAGGUCAUCAUUAAUGUGCGUUACAUGCUAGAUGUAGUGAUUAGAUUAGAUUUGAGAGAUAGAUAUAUAGAUAGAUAGGUAGAUGUAGUGAUAUAUAUGUAUUGCCAGAGCCAUAUCAUCCUGCAGCUCUCGCCUGGUUUCCCACUGAAGUUAAGCAGGGUUGAGUCUGGUCAGAACCUGCAACUAAGGUUGUUGCUUUUAGUGGUAUUAGUCAUGCCAGCAGGGGGCGCUCACCCAAUGCCCCAGUAUAGUGACGGGGGACACUAUACUGUAAAAACAGCACCAUCUUUCAGAUGAGAUGUUAAACCGAGGUCCUGACUCUCUGUGGUUGUUAAAAAUCGUAAAAGAGUCGGGGUAUAACCCCAGUGUCCUGGUGAAAUUCCCCCAUUGACCAUUCUCUAUCACAACCCCCUACUAAUCCCCAUCUCUGGAUGGGCUACAUCACUCUCUGCUCUCCACUAAUAGCUGCUGUGUGCUGGUGUUCUGGAGCACUAUGGCUGCCGUCUCAGUUUGGUGGUGGUUGAGGAGAGAAUCCCCCCUCCAAACUAUGCAAAGCACUUUAAGUGUCUAGAAAAACCAUAGUUAUAAAACUAACUAACUGGACAUAUAGAUCACUUUAUUCAUCCGAGAAGGAAUUUCACCUAUUACAGCAGCACAGAUACUUAGAAGUAUACUCAAAUUAAUUUAACGUUAUAAAUAAAAGCGAUACAAUAAGAAUAAAUAUUACAGUGUGAGAGUGUGAUGUGGGAUGUGGUAGUACAGUGGGGUGUAAACACUGUAGAUACAGCAGCAGACUUGAUUGGAAUUAAAUGAGCAAACAUUGUCAAGAGUGUAAUGAACGAGUCCAAACCUGUUUGGGGGGGAAAAGAGAGAGAAAGUUUAUGAACCGUGCCGAAUAUUUACAGCAAUUCUUUGACGUGUGACGUUACUGCUGGUGUAAUUGGGCUGUGUGUUAAGUGACACCCCGCCGCGUGGACUCUCCGUCCAUACGCCAUCUGCUUUAGUUUGAGUUGAGGAGGCGCGCUGUGCGCAUUAGCCAAUGCAACUUUGUCCUGCGUGCAACUCUGAGUUAGUGGCUUCACGGCACUUCUUCUCGAUUCACUCGGGAGCUGUUUUGCAGCUGAUCAGAUUUUGGAGCAGUGUCCUUAUCCAGCGCAGCAGGAGAGAAGAAGAUGCAGCCGAUGAGGACUCUUCUCGUCGUACUGGCCGUGCUGUGCACUCCGGUCUCCAGCCUGUGUUUGCGCGCGUACGACAGCGACUCGGGCUUCCUGUGCGACGGCGAGCUGCUUCCCAGCGCGAACGCUGACGAGGAGCGAGUCGUGAACGCGCCGCACGACAGCGAGGAGUCGUCCGAGGAGUCGCGGGAGAGGCGGACUUUACCCGGAUCCAGCUACAAGUUUCUGAGCCACACCUUGCUCAGGAGCAAGAUGUACGGCAACGGUGCGAGGAGUGACCGGCGCAGCAGGGUGACUCUGUCCCUGGACGUGCCCACCAACCUGAUGAACGCGCUCUUCGACAUCGCCAGAGCCAAAAACCUGCGCGCCAAAGCUGCGCACAACGCGCGCCUCAUGGCGCAGAUCGGCAAGAGGAGGUGAACCUCCUGCGCGCUCCCUUUGCUUUAUUAUUGUAAUAUUUUUUUUUUUUAAACUGUGUGUGUUAAGUAAUAUUAUUUUCAUUGCUUGAAGUAUCAGCAAUAACCUACGUGUACAGUAAGUGAGUUGAACAGACAUCCUGAAACGCUCAAUGUGGUUUUCAUGAAUAAAUUAUUUUUUAAAACAAGUCCAGAUUCUCUACAUGGUUCAUAUAUUACGCAGAAAUGCGUGUCAUAUAGGUUACAUGUUGCCUGCUUUAAAAAGACAAAAUAAUAAAUAAUAUGAUGCAUCAAAGUAUUCAAUUAGAAAAUAAAGCAACAGUCUUGCGACCCUGCUGGGAGAAAAAAAAAAAAAGAACAGAAACCCUCAGAGAAUUUGUAAUGGUUUUAAUGGUUGCAAUGGGAAUUGUAUCGGUUUUUAAUGGAAACUGUAAUGGUCCCUCUCUGGUAAUUUGUUGCCUUCAAUUGGUGGCAUGUUAUGUCUGGUGACGGACAUUAAGGACCAAUAAUGGUAAUGGUUUUAAUGGUUAAUGGCUGAUGGUUUGUAAUGGUGUUUCUAGUGGAAACUGUUAGAGUUUCUGUGAUGGUCUCUAUUGGGUUUUUUCAUGCAGUAUAGGAGUUGAUUGUGGAGAUCUUCAGUUUUAAAAAGCGUAAGUGUUCAUUAGAGUAUAUCUAACUAACACACACACACACACACACACACACACACACACACACACACACAUUAUUUUUUUAACUUGAUCUAGGUUUUUGUGUAGAAAGUUUGGACCAGAUUCAUGCUGGACUGAGAAUGGAAACCCAUCUAAUAUAUAGAGAGCAACAGUUUUGUAGAUGAUUUACAUGGGUUAAAAUGAGUUAUAAUACACAAGUGACCUGGACACACCAACAUUUCUCCCACACUUUCCUGAUCAUAAGUGCUGUCCACACGCUCAGAAAAAGGGUACUAAAAGGUACUAUUCUUUUGAUAGUAGCCUUCACGCUUGGCAUAAACAGUAUUAAACUGUACCUUAACUUGCCACUAGUGCAGGUAUAUCCACAAGGGUACAUCUUUGGCAUCUUUGUGUGUAACUUUUGCAAAAAAAAAAAAAAGUGCAUGUGUCGUACCUUUAAAGUAUUCAUCUAAAUAAAGUUUGCAUCAGUGGUCCUUAAUCUCUAAUUACAUUAAUACUUUUUAAGGUAUAUCAAUGCCUCCAUGUAAUAGAUACACACUACAAGUAGAAAAGAUGUACCCUUGUGGUACCACCACAGCAACAAGGAAAGGUACAGUUUAACACACCUUUUGUCAAGAACGAAGGCUACUAUCAAAAGAAUGACCCCAUAAACUAAAUAUUAAAAAAAGAGCACACAUUAAUACUUUUCCCUGGUAUAUUAUAUUAAACUGUUAGAAGCAACAACAACAAAAAUCUCCUAUGAUUAUAAAUAACGUCAAAAGAAUGAUCCUCCUAGAAACUAAAUAUAAAGAUGUAGUGUCACAUGGUUGUUGUUUUGGUAUAUUAAGCAACCUUAAGCUUUAUUCACCUUAAGUGUUUAAGAAUAUACUGUUUAUUUUUUGCUGAAAAGACACAGAACUUGUUAGUGUGUUAGUUUCUAUGCUUUAGGUCGUAAUGUAAAAACCCUGUACCUUUGUGUCUGGGCAAU